UGGAAGUGAUGGAUAAGUUGACAUGCGUAACAUUCAAUUGUUUUAGGGGUGCAAAUUCAAAUACACCGGAAUGCCUACAUUUUGUGUGGUUUUCUGUUUUGUUUCAAGAUUUGAUUAAAUUUACACAUCAAUCACGUCAACUUACUGAAAGUAUUUCGAAAUGAGCGGAAGAAAUGACGAAUAUACUGUACAUGAAAACAAUGUUCCAGAUACUUAUAGAGAUCGGAUAUUAAAAUGGAAUGGAUGGGGAUAUGUGGAUUCAUUUUUUCUAAUUAGGAAUCGUACUGAUGCUGUUCUCACGGGUAAUAGAUAUGAUAUGUCGAAUCAGACAUUGCCAUACCUCGUAAAAUAUGUCGAAGAAAAAUUUGGUGCUAGCGUUGAUAUACAAACUCAAAGUGUACGUUAUGAAGACUUAAUCAUUCCAGUUCCAUUUGAUAAUCAAGAUUUUAUCAAUUUUUUGCUAUCAAGUAGUAUAUCCUUCUCUAACAAAUCUAAUUAUCGAUUAGUUCGAUCUCAUGGACAUACAGUGCAUGAUAUCGCGAAUUUGCGAAACGGUACUAUUGGACGCAUUCCUGAUAUCAUCGUAUGGCCUAAAAGUGAGGAAGAAGUUGUGACGAUUAUUGAUGGUGCUAAGAAAUUUAAUGUUGUCAUAAUACCGAUCGGUGGUGGAACUUCGGUAACAGGUGCAUUGGAAUGUCCAAAUGAGGAAGCACGGAGUAUUUGUUCCUUAGAUAUGGCACUAAUGAAUGCAAUUAUUUAUAUUGAUGAUAAAAAUCUUCUUUGUCGAGCUCAAGCUGGCAUAAUUGGACAAGAUUUGGAAAGGCAACUGAAUGAAAUGGGUUAUACUUGUGGACAUGAGCCAGAUUCUGUGGAAUUCAGUACACUUGGCGGAUGGAUUUCAACAAGAGCAUCGGGAAUGAAGAAAAAUAAAUAUGGCAAUAUUGAAGACUUACUAGUUCACGUUUCACUUGUUACUCCGAAAGGAAUCAUCCGUAGGCAGUGUCAAGUUCCUCGAAUAUCUGCUGGACCGGAUUUGCAGCAAAUAAUUCUUGGUUCUGAAGGAAUUCUCGGGGUGAUAACAGAAGCAACAGUGAAAAUUUUCCCGAAACCAGAAGUGAAAAAAUAUGGUUCAUUCAUUUUUCCAACAUUUGAACAUGGUGUAAAUUUCUUUCGUGAAGUUGCAAAACAGCGUUGUCAAUGUGCGUCGUUACGAUUGGUUGAUAACGAGCAAUUCUUAAUGGGACAAGCAUUAAAAACUCACAAUGGCUCGUUAUUGAAAGGUUUAAAACAUAUUUUGGGUACUUUAUAUGUUACAAGGUGGAAGAAUUUCAAGCUGGAUGAAAUUGUGGCAGCAACAUGUGUUUAUGAAGGAACCAAAGAGCAAGUUAGCAAUGAAGAGCAAAAACUUACUAGUUUAGCAGGAAGUAUGGAUGGUAUAAGUGGUGGUGCUGAAAAUGGAGAAUAUGGUUAUCGACUAACUUUUGCCAUUGCAUAUCUUAGAGAUUUUGGCAUGCAGUUUUGGAUAAUGGGUGAAUCAUUUGAAACAUCCGUUCCAUGGGAUAAAGUAAUUUGUUUAUGUCGAAAUGUGAAAGAAGCAAUUAGACGAGAAGGAAAGGCACGUGGUACGAUCAUACCGCCUCUUGCAACUUGUCGGGUAACUCAGGUAUAUGAUUCGGGUGCAUGCGUGUAUUUUUAUUAUGCAUUCAAUUAUAGUGGGAUAUAUAAUCCUAUAUUAUUAUGUGAUCAAAUUGAAAAAGCAGCUCGUGAUGAGAUCAUCGUUUGCGGUGGAAGUAUAUCGCAUCAUCAUGGUAUUGGCAAAUUGCGAAAACAUUGGUAUCCUGCUAGUGUUAGCGAUGCUGGAUUAUUAGCAAUAAGAGCACUAAAAGAGAAACUUGAUCCUAAGAAUAUCUUUGGAAGUGGAAAUAUAAUCGAUGUUGAAAGAGAAAGAAGCAAAUUGUGAUGUUUAUUUUGGCAGUUUAAAAUGUAUGCAAUUUUUUGCUAAGUGCUGUCAUCAACUUUAUUACUUAACCAUUUUGUUAGGGCUUUCUCGUUGCUUUUGUGAAUGCUAUUAACAUUAUUUUCUUUUGCAUCUCCCGCUUUUUGAAAUGAA